AUGAAUCUCAAUCUUUCCGCAUCGGCCAAUGUGACCAGGCUGCUGUUCAAGCCCAGCUUGUGCCUGCCGCAUCACACGGUCCCGACCUUCAAUGACCUGCCGAUUCCCCUGGACAAGGCUCUGCUCAAGAAGGGCCUCAAGUCCAAUAUCAAGGCUGUCGUGCUGGACAAGGACGACUGCUUUGCGUAUCCUGACGCCAAAGAGGUCUAUGAACCCUACAAGCAACAUUUUGAGGCGCUGAGGAAAGAGUAUCCUGGUCGCCGCCUGCUGGUGGUCUCCAACACGGCCGGCGCAAAGAGCUGGGAUAAGGACCUGAAGCAGGCUGCCGAGGUAGAGAAGAGCACCGGCGUGUACGUGCUGCCGCACUCCGUCAAGAAACCCGGCUGCGGCGCCGAGAUCAUGGCCUACUUCAAGCAGCACCCGGAGACGGGCGUGACGGAUCCCUCUCACGUCGCCGUCGUGGGCGACAGGCUCACUACCGACAUGAUGCUCGCCAACAUGAUGGGGGGCUGGGGGUUCUGGGUGCGGGAUGGCGUCGUUCCGUUCCAACAAAAGAGCAUCUUCUCCAGAAUGGAACGGAACCUCGCCGACUUCCUUGCAUCGCGGGACGUGCAGGCGCCUCGGCCCUUCUCGCGGAGUGACUAA